AUGGAGCUGGCUCUGGAUGCUCUGGCAAAGGAGCGCGCGACGUCGCCCCCCAGCAGCCGGCACCCACAGGCCCAGGAGGUCAGGCCGCCCCGCCAGCCGCUGCCUCAGCGCACAGCAGCGCCGCCCAGAGGCCUGGUGCAGACUGACAGCCCUAACUUCCUCUGCAGCAGCCUGCCUCAGCACUGGAGGUGCAACAAGACCUUACCCAGAGCUUUCACUGUGGUCGCUCUGGGCGAUGAUGUGGCAGAUGGCGUGGUUGUCACGGUGAUGGCUGGUAACGAUGACAACAGCAGCGCCGAGCUACGCAACGCCACAGCCACCAUGAAGCAAGGCCACGCCCACUUUAAUGACCUGCGCUUCAUAGGACGCAGCGGCAGAGGCAAGAGCUUCAACUUGUCAAUCAACGUGCUGACCACGCCCCCUCAGAUCGCCACCCUGCAGAAAGCCAUCAAGGUCACUGUGGAUGGGCCGCGACUGCCACGCCGACAGAGGCUGAAGGAGGUGAAGUCAGGGGUGUUCAGGUCCUCCAGCAUCAGCAGCAGCCCAGCAUCAUCAGACUGUAGGCCUCUGUCCUCCUCUCUGUGGACCAAUGAGCCAUCCUUUCUAGGCUCAUCCUUCACUCCAAGUCCCAGAAUGCACCACUUGCCCGCUCUCCCCUACUCCACCGCUCCUCCUCCUCCUCCGUACUCGUCCUUCCUGCCUCCUCCUCUGAGCCACGGCGCUCCUUUCCAGCCGGGCAGCCUCUACUACGGACCAAAUCCUCCAGCUCACCCCACCGCGGAGGACCGCCACAUCGCCGCCACACUGGCCAAUCACAUGGAGGGGGCGUGUCUCUCCAUCAGAGUGGAGGAGCCAGUCUGGAGGCCUUACUGA